AUGGCUGCGGUCUCCCGGGGAGGGGAUAACGGGGCGGAGCUGCUGCGAUUGUCAGUUGAUUGUGGCGAUUGUUUUGGGGUAGGCGAGCGACGGCGUCUUGCCGCCCACGCCCGCGCCCACGCCCGCGCUCCAGGCUCCGGCGGUACAAUGAUUGUAUCUAAAAUUAAUGAAAUUUUGUUUCAUAGUAUUUUCUUAAAAUUUGCAAAUUGUAAAUCUACAUCUCAAAAAUUAAAUUUUUAA